AAACAACGAGCUAACCCGAGCCACCUUACAGUACAUGAUGCAGACUUCCGCCAAGCUGAGAAAGACUGGCAUACCUUCGUCGAGAAGAUGACCGAAACAUUAAGCGAAAUCGAUGACACUGUACCCGAACUACCUGUCAAAGAGUGCGUGUUCCGCAUCUACCGCGACGUUCGCUUCUCCUCCGAUCCUACACCUUACAAGCCAUUUUUCUCCGCUGCAUGGUCUCGCGCUGGUCGCAAGUCGCCAUAUGCGCACUAUUAUGUCCAGAUUGGACCCACGGGCAAAGGCGACAGCUUCGUCGGCGGCGGCCUGUGGUGUCCCGAAGCUGCAGCCACAGCCGCGAUGCGACGGGCGAUCGACCGUGAUUCCGCUCGAUUGAAAGGCGUCCUGGCCGACGAAGCCAUGCGAAAGCACUUCCUCGGCGGGACCAAGACUGACGCGAAGGCGUUGAAAGCUUUCGUCGAGGGCAAUAAGAGUAAUGCGCUCAAGACUAAGCCGAAGGGUUACGACGGCGAUCACCCUGACAUUGAACUCCUGCGUCUGCGAAAUUACACCGUGGGCAAGAAGAUCCCCAGCGAGGAACUUCUCGGCGAAGACGGGGCGAAACGAGUCGCAGAGUUGCUGGCUACGUUGAAACCUAUGAUUACAUACUGUAACAGUGUGGUGAUGCCUGAUGAGGCUGAAGGGGAGGAAGAGGACGAGAGUGGCGACGAUGAAGAUGGUGACGAGGAGGAGGCUUCGGAUUGA